AUGGCUGCUUCUUACUCUGACAGUCAGAGUGUGUUUCAGGCCAGAGUGGACGCAAGCGGUCUCCCGAAGGACGAUGCCACUAAGGUCAAAAGCUCCGUGUCAUCAUUGCGGCAGUUGGCUUUCAUUUCGAGCUUUACGCCAGGGCAAGCUGACGAAGCACCCCUCAUGGCUGCACUCAAGUCCAUGCUGGGGAGGGGUGCCGAACUGGCCGUGCAAGCUAGUUUUCGAGCUUUGUAUCACGAAGCAUACGCGAUAGUGACCUCCGAGCUCAAGCAAAAGAUCGAGAAGAGCGAAGAACCGGCAAGUCGUCGGCUGACGCAACCAGAACGAGCUGAGAGGUACGAGAAGCAGAAGACCAAGCUUGUUGGUGUCCUGAUUAAGAAUCAGAGUGAGCCAAGCGAGGCCCUUGUUGACAAGGCCGUUGCCUGUUAUGAGAGCAAUGAGCUGAGGUACCUCAGCUGGGAAGCUUGUACUUCUCGUGAGCAAGAGGUAGGGUCCGAUCGAAGAAAGGACACUCGAUUCACCGUAGAUGAGAAUUCGGGCCGCCUGAAGGUCGAGACCAAGGGUGCCGAGGAGAAGGCAUCAACAGUUUCGGAGGUUCAUGUUCUGCAGGCUCUCCAGCGCAGGUCUCUGGCCAUGGAUCCGGCGAACAUUGUCGAGUAUUCCUUGAUGCAACAGUGGUCAGACCGCUUGUUGAGGGCUAAGAUGCAGGAA